ACAGAAACAAAAUAACUGACAGACAGAAUAAAAAUAAACACAUUGGAAUCUUGAAAAUUAACAAUAAAUGAAUAAUUCGGAUCGUUUCUAAUAUUAUUUUGUAAAAACUACUGCUUGUAUAGAAAACACCAUGAACUGGCAAGAUGACAUACUGAACACAACUAAUCUACAUUUUGUUGGGGAUUUUGACGAGCAAGUGCAAGAAAUUUUGUCAUAUGUGAGACUGACUGCAGAGAGAGUACACAGUCUGAAGCUUUUGUUUGAUGACUUAGAAUUUGCUCUACAGCAAUUGGCACCUGGUUGCCAGAUUGAACCAUUUGGCUCUGUGGUGACUGGGCUGGGGAUAAAGACGAGUGAUGUGGACUGCUACGUGGCUCUGCCGGCCGGUGAGCUGCCCAGUCCGCAGCAUGUGGUGCGUGCGAGGCGCAUACUGGGUCGGUACCACACUAAGUUCACUCAGCUGCUAGCCAUCACUACAGCCAAGGUCCCCAUAGUCAAGUUUUUCCACAUCCCUACCCAAUGUCAUUGUGAUGUCAAUUUCAAAAGUCCUGCUGGCGUGCGCAAUAGCAAACUGCUCGCUUUCCUACUGCACUGGGACAGACGAGCUCUUACCUUAGCCAUUCUAAUCAAGUACUGGGCCAAGCUAAACAACUUCAUAGGCACCAAUCGGAUGGGCAAUUACGCGCUAAUGAUGAUGGUGGUAUUUUAUUUGCAAAUGAAGAACAUUCUGCCGGCCGUGUAUCGACUGCAAGCGAACGUGCCGUGCUACAUGGUGGACGGCUGGAACACUGCGUUCAACGAGAGUAUGGGGGGCGAGGGCACCAACACCGAGCCGCUGUACCAACUGAUGGGCGACUUCUUCAAAUGUCUCAGUACAUUCAAUUUUGCAGACUUCGUUAUAUGUCCUUACUACGGACGCGCGAUCCCUAAGAAUUGUUUUGAUAAUUUCGAGCUUCCAGACGAGUUCCAUUUAUACAAGGAACAUGUUACUUUAGAUGUCCGAAAAAAGUUAAAUACAAAAUCCAAAAUUUGCGUCCAGGACCCUUUCGAUCACGCUAGGAACUGUACUGUCGGCGUCUACGAGAGGUUGGUGGACAAAAUAUUGCUUCACUUUAAAUUUGCGGCGCACAAGUUUACUGAACAGCCAAGUCACAACUUCCUGAAAGUUAUAUUGACGCAAGAUCCAAACAAUCGGCCAAUGAAUAAGGCGGUACCCCCGCAUCUACACAGAAAUAAUAAGAUACAAAAAGCUAACCGAAAACAGAAGCAGAAAGGGCUGCGCACUGGCUUGUCGAUGCUCGCAAACAAUCGCUCCGCAAUCACCGUGUUGACGAAAGGAUCAAUAAAAUAAGCAAAUUAAUGGGGGGCUUGAGGUUCCUGCACUAUCUACCUGCGCAUAUAAGUGCGAGAGACCACUAGGCUAUACUUUUAGAAGCAGUGCGACGUUAUUUCUGAGUACUUUAAAAUUUAAUUCAUUACAGAGUCAGUAUCAAACCAUUGGUGGGCCUGUGAGCCUUAUGCUUACAUAGGUAUUUAAAACUUAAAUGCUGGAAAAUUUAAUUUGAAAAGACUUGUUAUAUUGGAUAAAAACUUAAAUAAGUAUUGAACUUGUUAUGUUUUUA